CAGAUAUGAACCAACAACGCUCUGCAUUGUUCACUCCGCACUCAUCGCUUGGCUAUCCAUCUCUGUGAUCUCGUCGUCGCGCUGCCGUUGUCUGUUGCAUCGCAUCGCACAGCUGUCGAUCGUCACGUCACCAAACGCCGGAGAAAAUCAUUGGCGCCAGACACCUGGAAUCAAGUUUGAGCAACGCGUUUGUCACGUCACUGGCUGCUGCCACACCAACCACCCACCUGCAUUUGACACCACUUCUCGUCUUGCCAUUUCGCUUCUUGAUCUUGCAGCGUUCUUGGUGCAUUUUCCUCUCAACACCACACACCACCGCCGACUGCUGGAGACAUGGCGCCCAAGCGAACUCGCGCUCAGGCGAGCUCUCAGCCAGCAGAGCAGCGACAAACUCGAGCUGCUGGCCGCAAGCGACGUGCCAGCGAUGCUUCUGAGCCCAUGUCGGAGCGCCCAUCGAGCAGCCACAGCAUCAACACGCCAUCCAUGGCCUCGACGCCCGCCAAGAAGAGAAAGAAAACUCGAGCCGCUGCGUCGGUCGAGCCCGAGAUGAUUGUCGAAGAAGAAGAGGAGGUGGAGAAUGUGCAGACGGGUCCGACAUACGAUGCUGCUGCAUCUGAUGCAGUCGAAACUGUGACAGAGACCACUCGUCGUGUCGUCAACGAAGUACAAUUUCCAGCAGGAAGACAGUCACAGACGGUGGCACUGAACGACGACGAUGAAGGAGACCGGACCACCGCCUUCCACAUCACCCCGCACCCACGCAAGAUGUCCAUCAAGCGCCGUAUUACCGUUUCUCCUGGCGUCAAUGAGGAGGGCGAAAAGAGACAGAAAAUUACGUCCACGAGACACUCGCUCCCCGCUGCUCUACUCCAGAAUGGAGAGCAUUACUACACCGUAGAUCAACACAAUAUGGCACCUCUCAGCGCUGUGCUAUCAGAGCGCAUUCAACACCGCUUGCAGAUCCACAAAAAGCGAGACGCGCGGAUCAAGGACCUAGAGGCACAACGACCACUUCUUGAGGGCGACGACCUCGAAACGCUGGACGCAGAGUUGGUAGAAUUGCGUGAAGAGCAAAAGCACACAUUCGAUGCCUUGACCACCCAUGACGAGGAUGACGAGCUGGACCCCGACAUGCUCGUGCUCGAGAGCCAGCAAGAGUUCGCGUACAACGAGGCUCCCCACGAUUCCACCAUGCUCGAUUCGUCCCAAGUCAAACUUCGUCAGUCACUCUCACAGUCUACUUCCCAGCGCAACAAGGAGCAGGAUUGGGAGACCGAGCGAGAGAAUUUCCGAUCUGCCAUCGUGACCCUCAGCAAUCAAGCCAACGAUGCGAAGACCAAGCUACAGAUUCUCGAGAUUGAGUUGCGUGCUCUUGGCUUUGGUGAUCAUGAAGAUACACGAUCCAUUCUGAUCAGCAUUCGCGAAAGCUUCAUGGCCGUGCGUGAGGGCCUUGAGACCGUCCUUCCUGGUAGUAUUCCGGAGGACGCCUCUAAUGGAGACCUGCUCGAGAUCUUGUUGGCAGAUGUUGAAGAGUUUGCCGCGCGCCUGCGCACGCAGGAUAAGGAGCUUUUUGAGAAGAGCAACCUUGCUGCAAGUCUCAGCUCUCAAGUGGACCGCCUGUUGGACCAUCUCGCCGAAGCGAAGAUCGAGACUGAACGCCUGCUCCAGUUGCAAUCAGAACUAGAACAAGAGAAGCUCGGAAACGAAGAGGAGAAUCUGGACCUCAAAGCAGAGAUGGACCAAAUCGCGGAUGAGCGUGACGCCUUGGAUGACGAACUCGAAGCUGCGCAGAAGCGUGUCAAGGAGUAUGAGGUCACAUACGCUGAGCUUACGUCGACAAUCGAAAAGCUGGGCGCAUCGCUCACCAAGUAUCAGACCGAGGAGCAGAGGCUGACCGAUCUGAUCACUCGUAUGGAGGGGGAGCAUGCAACAAACGUGCUGAGCAUGAAGACCGAGCACGAUGAGACUGUCAGCGGGCUUGAGGCACAAAUUGAGGAGCAGAAUCAGCUUCGCGAGGAGGCCGAGAACCUCGCGGCGGAUCGUCAGACCAUGAUCACCGGCCUGGAAGAACAGAAGCUUGCAGUCGAAGAAGAGCGCAACCUGUUGCAGGAGGAGCUCGAGGCCAUGACAAAGCAGCGUGAUGCAGAGCGUGAUGCCCGUGAAGAUGCUGAGAUGGAUGUGAGGGAGAGAAACGUAGAGGUGGAAAACCUGGAGGAGCGUGUCGACCGUCUGGAAGAGCAGCUUGGCGAUCUGAACGAGCAGAUCAAUGACCUUCGCGAACUCAACGAAAGUGAGCGCAAGGACCGCGAGGCCGUGGAGGCGGAGCUCGGGACUGCACAAGAAGAAAUCGCAGAACUCACGACGAAGCUGCAAGAAUCUGGAGCUCAAGCUAAUGAACUUCGACAGAAGCUAUGGCAAGUGCAGCAGACGAACGAGAAAGAGGUCAAGGAGCUUAAGCAGCUUGCCUCUGAGCGAGAUCAACAGUACCAAGCCGAUAUCAAGGAGGAGGUUGAGCGUCGCGAAGUCGUCGAGGGCGACCUGCAAGACCGCGAAGAGGUCAUCGAAGAUCUCAAGGCACAGCUCGCAGAUCUGGAAAAACAGAUGGCCGAAACCCUAGCCGAACGUGACGAGCGCAUCUUGUCUCUCGAGCAGGAGGUCGCCGACAAGACUGCUGAGAUCGAGGAGUUGAGUGCGGAUCUGAAGACCACUCAGAAUCUGUAUGAGGCACAGGUCGCUCUCAACAAGGAUGAUCGCGAAGAGUUCGAGCGCAGCAUCGCGGCUCUCCAGGAUACCAUUGCCACCCACGAAGAUCAGAUCGCCACUCUUCAACAAGACACGGUUGAUGAAUCGGCAUUGCACGCAUCGGAGAUCGAAGAUCGGAACUCAAGAAUUGCUCAGUUGAACCAUGAUGUCGCUGAACUGACCAGCCAAGUUGGUGAGCUGAAAGCAGACAAGGCCAGCCUGGAGCGACGUGUCGAAGAGGAAGCCGAGCAGAUGCUGCAAGUCCAAGCCGAAAUGGGCGACGAGAUCGAAAAUCUCAAAGCUGUCGUUGCCGACAAGCAGGCUAAGAUUGCUGUCGUUGAGCAAAAGGCAGUUGAGGCCGACGAACGCUGGCAGGAUGUGCUUCAAGCUCGUGAAGAAGAUAUUCGCCUUCUGCAGGAGCAGACGGAGAUUUCCGAGGAGACCAUCACGACACUCACUACUCAGAACGAAUCACUCCGACACAAAUUCGCCGAGUAUGUCCGACGUACCACAGCCAAGAUGCGAGUGUUGCGGGAUGAGAACGACCGAGCGCAUGCGAGAAUCAACGAACAGGCCGAAGAGACGAUGAAAGAUGGCGAUGCCCAAAUGCUGGAAUUGGAAGCUAUGGAUACUGUCUCUUCCCUCGUAACCAAGACCACAACACGCACGACCGUCAACGGUCGAGCAUCUGUCGAGCCAGCCUCUUCGCACUCCAAGCUAGGCCGUCUGCGAAAGAAGCGCGUCAAGGACAGUGGCAUUGGCAUGGACGAGAAUGAAUCUUUGCUCUCAGCUUAGACUCGCUUGACACUGAACAUGACGAUGAUGAACGAUUGAGAGAAGCAAUUUGAAAGCUGCGAACGAACAGAAGCGGUAAUGGACACCACGAGGGAGCUUGCUUUUGGAUGCAUGGCCACUUCGAGGGGAAAAAGAGGACAUCAUAUUUUCAUUUGCAUCGCAUUGCUCGCAUUGAUGCGGCUCGAGCGUUUUGUUUUCUUUGGGUUGUAGUUUCUUGUACUUGUACGAUGGAUGGAUGAAGGAAAAAGUAAAUGGUAGAAAGCAUCAGCGAGAUUGAAAUUGAUUACAUGGAACCUCUUUACAUCUUGUCAACAUCUUGACUCCCUCAAUUUCUCCACGUACAGUAUCAGAC